AUGGCCCCCGCCCAGCCCUACUUCGCUCGCCUCGCGGGCUUUCCCUCCGUCGUCGUCGCCCGCGCAGACACCGGCACCACCCCCGCAGAGGCCGAGGCCGCCGCCACCGCGCGCGCCUCGUAUGCCGUCGCCGACGGACACAACCUCGACCUCGCCGCUACCCCCCCGCGUCGCAUCGCCCUCAUGGUCGAGCCGUCCCCCUUCACACACACCUCCGGCUACUCGAACCGUUUUAAAAACCUCCUGCUCCAGCUUAGAGACGCCGGCGAUAGCGUCCUCGUCAUCGUCCCUGACAACGAUCCCGACGCCCCCACCGAGUUUGCAGGCGCGAAGAUUGUCAACGUCCCCGGCUUUCGCUUCCCGUUGUACCACCGCAUCACACUCACCCUCGGUUUGCGCGGUGUGUACACCGCACUCAAGGAGUUUGACCCCGACGUCAUCCAUCUCACCACCCCUGGUGUUUUGAUCUUUGCCACCUUGCUGUAUGCGAGGCUGUUGCGCAAGGCCCUCCUGCUCAGCUAUCAUACCCAUUUGCCCAUCUACGCAAAGGAUUACGGCCUCGGCUUGCUGCAGGGCUUGACCUGGACUAUGCUCCGUCUCCAGCACAACCGCGCCGAUUUCACCCUCACCACCAGCCCGCAGCUGUGCGAGGAGCUCGUGCAAAACGGCUUCGAGCGCGUCGGCUUGUGGCGCAAGGGCAUUGACACCACCAUCUUCAACCCCAAGUACAAGAGCCCCGCCAUGCGCGCCCGCCUCACGGAGGGUCAUCCGGAGGACCCGUUGCUCAUCUACGUCGGCCGCAUCGGCGCGGAGAAGAACCUCAUCUUCUUCAAGGAGCUGCUGCAGCGCUUCCCGCACUGCCGCCUCGCCCUCGUCGGCGACGGCCCGGCGAAGCCCAUGCUGGAGCAGGAGCUUGCGGGCACGAAGACCCUCUUCACGGGCAUUUUGCACGGGGAGGAGCUGAGCCAGGCCUUCGCGUCCGCCGACAUCUUUGUCAUGCCGUCCGAGUCGGAGACCCUGGGCUUUGUCGUGCUUGAGUCGAUGGCCUCCGGCGUGCCGGUCAUCGGCGCCAACGCCGGCGGCAUCCCGGACAUUAUUGACGACUCGCGCACGGGCUACUUGUUUUCGAGGGGCAGUCAGGAGGAGUGCAGCGCGCGCAUCGAACAGCUGCUGGGCGACGAUGCGCUGCGCGAGAACAUGGGCAGGGUCGCGAGGGAGGAGGCACUGCGUUGGUCGUGGCGUGCGUCCGCGGCCGCCACGCGCAACGUCGGAUAUGGGCGCGCCAUCUCCAACUUUAAGUACCGCGCCAUGGGCGGGCUGGGGUUGCCUCGCUCGUUGACCUGGCUUAGGUGGUUCCGCCUCAAGCUCGUCAUGCUGCGGCAACGCCUCUUCGGUCGCUGGACCUUCCGAGUGAACCCUAACUAG